AUGGAUUUAUUACUUGUUUUUUACUUUUUAUGUGGUAUCGCCAGUUUCUCAUUGGCAUUUUUUAUUAAUAACAAAAAAUACAAUAAUUAUAAUAAUAGCAAUCCACAAACAAAUCCAUAUACUCCAUUGACAGUUCAAUCAAAAUCCUCUUCAUCGGCACCAUCAGCCUCAGCAUCUGCCCCUGCACCAUCAGCCUCUGCCUCUGCCUCUGCACCAUCAGCAUCUGCCUCUGCCUCUGGUCCAUCUGCAUCUGCAUCAGUAUCUGCACAAUUUGCAUCAGUAUCAGUAUCAGCAUCACCUGCACCAGCAUCAGUAUCAGUAUUAGCAUCUUCUGCACCAGCUUCAUCAGUAUCAGCAUCUUCUGCACCAGCAUCUGUAUCUGCACCAUCAUCAUCAUCUACAUCAUCUGUCUCUCCACCAUCAGCCUCUGUCUCUGCACCAUCACCAUCUGUCUCUGCACCAUCACCAUCUGCACCAUCACCAUCAACCUCUAUCUCUGCACCAUCACCAUUAUCAAGAACCAAGAAAAUUAGAAAGCCAGUAUCUAGAAAUAGUUUUGCAGGUGAAUCCACAUCAACUGGCUAUAGUCCAAUGAAGAAAAGACCAUUGGAAUUAGAUAAUGAAAUUAAUUGUGAUGGAGAAAUUUCAAAAAAACUUAAACUCGAAGAUGAAGAGAGUUUAAACAGAGAUAAUCAAAUAUUAUUUGAAAUGGAAAGAUUAAGAGCAGAGAGAGAAAGAGAUGAAAAAUUAAAAUUGGAUCAAAUUAAAAGAGCAGCAGAUAUAAAAAGAAUAUCAAGAAUUUACAGAGAAAGGGAAGAGAGGGAAGAAAUUGAAAGAGCCCAAAUACUUCAAAGAGAAAAGGAAAUAAAAGAGGAAUAUGAAAAAAGAAAUUUUGAAAGAAUUCAAAAAGAAAAAGAAGAAAAAGAAAAACAUCAAAGCUCUAGAUUAAGAAGCCUCCAAAGAAGAGAAAGAGAACAAAGAGCCGAAAUUGAAGAGAGAAAAAGAUUAGAGAAUCUUCAAAAAGAAUCACAAAAAAAAGAAAGAAAAGAAAAAAGAAGAUUAGAACAAGAAAACUUGGAAAGGGACCGUUUAGAAAGGGACGAUAAAUGCACUAUUUGUAUGAACGAAAUAGAGACCAGUGAACUCGCAUAUAUUGCAUGCGUUCAUAGAUUCUGUUAUGAAUGUAUUGUACAAUGGUCAGAAAGCUACCGUACCUGCCCAAACUGUAGAAAACCAUUUAGGGAUGUUAGAAGAGCAGCUAGUGCCGAACGUUUAUAG